UUUUGCACAGUAGAGAGAGAUGGGAAAUUUUAAAGGUCAUGCUCUUCCGGGGAGUUUUUUCCUCCUCUUUGGCUUGUGGUGGUCUGUGAAGUAUCCCUUGAAGUACCUGUGUCGAAAGAAAAAGAACACGUCUCCCCUUGGUUCCAAAGCAGGAUUUCAGCGUUUAGAAUUUACCGAGGGUGUCAUCAAAGCUACGUUUGCUCUUAUUGGUAUGAUAGCUGAGCAGUUCGUUCCUGAUGGACCUCAUCUGAAGCUGUAUAAUUAUGAAAAGAAACAAUGGGAUCACCUCAUGAACUGGCAGCAUGCCACCAUGUAUCUCUUCUAUGGCAUCUCAGGGCUGGUGGACAUUGUGGCUCAUAGCACUAAUGUGUUACCAGUAGCCAUGGACAGGAUGAUGCUUUCGCUAGCAGUUUUUGUGGAAGGUUUUCUGUUUUAUUAUCAUAUUCAUGGGCGAGCCAUGUUGGAUCUCCAUGUUCAUCAGUUACUCUUAGUAGCCAUCUUUGGAGCGGCAGUCUGCAUAUUCCUGGAAAUUUUCUUCCGUGGCAUUAUAGUCCUUGAGAUGUUGCGAACGAGCCUCUGCAUAUUGCAAGGGAGUUGGUUUUGGCAGAUUGGAUUUGUACUUUAUCCUCCGAGUGGGAGUCCAGAGUGGAACCAAAUGGAUCACAAUAACGUGAUGUUCCUUACAAUGUGCUAUUGUUGGCAUUAUGCAUUUGCGCUUCUUAUAAUGGCUGUGAAUUAUACUGUGGUCAGCUGGGUAAUUCGUUCAAAAAUGAAACGAGCCCCAACCAUGGAACUUGUAUUAUUGAAAAUGUCUGAGCGCGAUCAGGAGUCAGAAGAUGAGAUCUAG